AAAGCAGUUCAAGGGUGCCAUCGAGACCAUACUGUAAAUAGUCGCAUGAACUUAGCACUGUUAGUUAGUGUUAUUGCACUGGAACAAAGCUGUCUAUCGGCGGCUGAGCACCCUCGUCGAGAUGCUGCACAGGCUUUGACGAGUAUUGAAGUAGAAGAAGUAGAAGAACGAGAAGUUUUGCAAUCCAUCUACGAAGGAGAUGAAAAUUUUAAAGAGCUGAACCCAACCACAUUUCAAUAUCGGGUUGGAGACAUUGGUCAUUUUAAAUCAUUUUUAUUAGAAAUUGCCUGGGGUGAUAAUUAUCCAACAGAGUUACCUAAUAUUAACUUUGAUACAUUCUACAUUAAUCAUAUGUAAGUGAUGUACACAUAUUUCAAACUCUUUUUUCAGGAAAUUAUUUCUAUUUUUGUUGACUUUUAAAUAUGAGUUAAUCUACUAUGUAAAUUAUUACCAUGUUGUGUUAUAGGUUCACACUGUUGUUAAUUGCACAGAUAUUGGUUGAUAAGGAAAAAAUCCCUAGACCUAUAUUAAAUAGUAUUCAUCAGUCCAAAGCAAGUAAUUAAAUUCGUUUUACUAAUGAUCAUCAUAAGUAGAUUGUUAUUUUCUCUCAUUUUAUUAUUUCUUGUGCUCAACAAUUAUG